GCUGGCUCUCGCGCGACGUCUCUGACAAGAUACCGAUGGUUUCCGGCCUUCUCGAAGUUCUCCAAGUGCACACCUGAUCUUGCUCUGCAAUGGCAACCCAACAGCCCCGCGGCGAUCGCCAGCUCCGGUCGCAGCAGAUGGACGCCUCGAUCGAGACGAGCAUGUCGAGCGACGCCGUCAAGCGGCAUUACGGCGAGGUCGUUUGGGCCCGGAUGGACACAUUUCCCCAUUGGCCGGGGAACGUCUGCGACCCGGCGGACCUCGACGCCGCCUCAAUGGAGCACUUGAAGCCGAAGAUGAAGACACACCACUGGGUGUACUUUUACGGGACCAACAACUGCGCGGCGAUUCGGUACAAGGACAUUGUGGCCUGGAGCGACACGUCCCAAGAGUACCGCAAACCCGGAACGGCGCUCAACAAGAAGUUGGCCGCGGACUUUCACAAAGCUGUCGCACUGGGCGAGGGCGCAGCUGGCCAACCGAUCCCGGACCGCAUCAAGUGGAUCAAGGAGGAGCGUUCCAAAAAGUCAAGCAAAGCGACCAAGACGAAGCAAAGCCAGGGGCAGAGUACCGAAGGUGCCAAGAAGCUGAAAACCGACCAAGAGUCGCGGCUGGUCCUGGCACAGUCUGACAAACCCCGUGUCAGAGCCUCGGGGUUCACGGUCGACCUCCUCGCGGCCAUGGAGCGCUCUUCAAUGCUGGACGAGGACGCUCUCAGCUGCGCCUUCGAGCAAAAUGUCAAGGCGGCCACCCUCCAAGCCGCGCGAAAGCGGCGUCAAGUCGUCUCGCAGUUCGAGAAAGGCGUCGCCGUGGCCAACCGCUACAAGAACGACCUUCAAGAGCUGGUGCAACCCGGCGCGCCCGCGCGGUUGCUCAAAAAGAUCGAUUUCAUGAUCAGUGGGAACAUCACGUUCCCUACUAACGCGCUCUACGCCUCACAUCUGCCCCAGUUUGUGCUUGGCCUCACAAAGGACGAGACAUUUGGACAAGCGGUCAAAGACGGGGCCUUGCAGCUUUACAAGCAUUUGACGAAGCCGCCGCCCGAGUCUCCCGAGUGGUCGCAGGACAGCUGCGAUUCCCAGCCCGAGUGCCCGGUGCGCAACAUCGUGCGCCAGGAGCUGCAGCGUGCGCUGCCAAGCCCAUCUCUGUGUGCACAGAUCGAGGCGAUGCUCUUCGAUCGGUAUGGCAGCCCGUGCGUGGAGUACGAAGAUCGAGCCAACGCGCUAGCUUGGCGCCUCAACCAGAGCGAGGCAUUCCGUCACAGAGUGCUUACACAUUCGGUGUCCAUCCUGAACCUCGCGUUUGCCACCGAAGAGAUGCUUGACGCGUACGCCAAGUCGUUGUUUUAGGACAAGUAACUCGCACUCUCAAUAUGAUUUCAUUCUUUCU